AUUAUUUUUGAGAAGCAGUGGUUCUAUCUGGAUAAUGCUAUUGGACAUAUUUAUGGAACUACAUUUGAAGUAACCAGUGGAGGAAACCUCCAGCCAAAACAAGAGACGGAAGAGACUACCACAGAAACAAAAGAAGCAGGUACAGAUAAUCGUAACAUAGUUGACGAUGGAAAGUCUCAAAAACUGACUCAUGAUGACAUAAAGGCUUUGAAGGACAAGGGUAUUAAAGGACAGGAAAUAGUUCAACAGUUAAUAGAGAACAGUACAACAUUCCGAGACAAAACAGAAUUUGCUCAAGAUAAAUACAUAAAGAAGAAGAAGAAAAAAUAUGAGGCAGUUAUUACAAUUGUGAAACCAUCCACUCGUAUUCUUUCAACAAUGUAUUAUGCAAGGGAACCUGGAAAAAUUAACCACUUGCGAUAUGACACCCUAGCUCAGAUGCUGACUUUAGGAAACAUCCGUGCUGGCAACAAGAUGAUCGUAAUGGAAACGUGCGCAGGCCUUGUGCUGGGCGCAGUGAUGGAGCGAAUGGGAGGCUAUGGAUCCAUUAUUCAGAUGUACCCAGGAGGGGGACCUGUUAGAGCUGCUACCAGUUGUUUUGGAUUUCCAAAACUUUUUUUCGAUAACCUGCAUGAAUUUCCACUUGGCAAAGUGGACAGUCUCCUCUCUGGGACAUUUUCUACAGCGACGCUGCCUUCAGAACCUGACGAUAGCGUGCUAGGGGAAGAAGAAAGCAAUGGAUUGGCUGAUGAGAAGCAGACUUCCCGACAGGAAACAGAAGAGGAAUCUACUACUGAAGCAUCAAUGGAGAUGAACCAAACAGAAAAGCAAGAAGCAAUAGACAUUAAUGCUGAAGAUGUAGAAUUUAAAGAGAACAAAGAAAAAGAAAAUAAAGAAAACGUUCGGGAAAAGCAAAGAAAGCAAUGGGAAAGAACGAAAAAGCUACUAGAAACUGCUGCUUUGUUGAGAGAGAAGAACGCUGAUGGGUGA